UAUGUUAUCAGUUCAGGCAGGCAAAAGCCAACAACAAGGCGAGGCUUUGAAAGGCACUCUCUGCGCUUACAAUUGCAGUUGCAGUACCCAGUCCGCCCCUGCACAAAGUCAGCUGCAAUAAUAACAAUAAUAAAUCAGACUGCAACGAUGACUGGAGCUGCGGCGGUGCUCUUCUCGAUCACGAUUCCUACAAAGGCGGAAGAGGAACGUCUCAGAGAUGACUGUUCCCGAGGUUCGGAUAGGGAUGCGGAUGCCCAGACAGGUGCCGCAGCGAGCCUGGCCGGAAAAGCGGCCACUUCCUCCGUCUCGACCGUGGAGACCUUGUCCACCAUUCCCAUCAGCUAUUCUCGGAAUGACUCCCCCGAGACGCCACAUCUAGACAGCUGUUACAAGAGACGAAGCGACGUCUUGCCCACCAUUCAAAUCGAGUCGGCAAAUGCCGCGUCCACCGACCAGCUGCUGGACAUACCCCUGGACACCGCCCAGGAGCAGGUGCUGCAGCAGAUUCUCCGCAAAUUUCACAUCUGCAAUGCCGUGUGGCUGAGCAGCAUGGAAGGCACCAGGUACCACGUCAGCUUUUCCAUGGAUUUCGAUGAACAGUUCGAAAUCCUUUACGAGGCGCUACAGGAGUGGGGCAUAGGCGAUCGGGAGGGCUCCACGGUGUCUGUGGUCACCUGUCUGGCCAACAGAUCUUAUGUCCAGCGCGAGCCGCUUGAGGAGGCGGAUUCUUCCACGAGCAGCGAAAACGUCAAUGUCCAGAAGAAUGGCGCCUGGAACCGUUUUAUGAACUCUGUGCGCUCCCGUCUGAACGUGGCACAGAUUCUGAGAGACGUUCGUCAGGAUGCGGCGAUAACUUUUGACUUUUGCGUGCUUCUCGUUUCGGCAGCAAUUCUGGCCAGCUUCGGCUUGGUGGAGAACAGCACAAUCUUUCUGGCUUCCAGCAUGCUGAUCUCCCCGCUCAUGGGACCAAUUAUUGCCGCCAUUUUCGGGACGGUAAUCGAGGACCGGUCGCUGCGUCGCCUGGGCAUGCUGAACGAGCUGAUUGGUAUCUUGAUUGCCACACUGGUGGGCUUCCUCUUCGGCCUGGUCGUCUGCACCACGGACAAGAAGUACGGCAUUGGGGAAGGUCUCACCGAGGAGAUGCUGUCGCGCUGCGAUCUGCAUUCACUGAUCGUCGGCGUCUUCACAGCGAUUCCGUCUGGGGCGGCGGCAGCCAUCGCCAUACUCGGAGGAAAUAUUGGCAGCCUAGUGGGCGUCGCCAUAUCAGCCUCGCUGCUGCCUCCGGCUGUAAACUCAGGACUACUGUGGGCCCUGGCCUGCAUCUACAAGAUCUUUGAGAACGACGACUCCCUCUACGUUGACGUUAUCAAGUCGAAGCGGUACUCCGAGAACCAGGCCAAGGAGCUGGCAGUGUUGGGAAGCAUCAGCAUGUGCCUGACCCUCUCCAACGUACUGUGCGUUUAUACGGUGGGUAUUUUUGUUCUGAAGGUAAAGGAGAUAGCUCCGGCCAUAGGACGAAAAAACAGGCAAUUCUGGAAGCACGACAUCAAGCUGGUCAAGGGUCAGUGCAAGGUGGAGACUGAUGCGGAAAUCAUCGACGAGCUGCUGGCCACACUGGCUACGGAGGAUAAGCAAGCGAUGGGCCUCAAUAGAAACAUCCUGCGUCACCUUGAUGAAACGCGGUACCAGCACACAUGGUCGCCGCUGAGCAAUCGACACAGCUCCAUUCAGCCCCCUGGCUUCUCCACCAUCCACCGGCUGGAGCAGCUAUACACGAAUCGAAUAGGGAAUCCUCCCGGAGAGCGUCGCAAGCGCCACAGUGUCACUAGUCGACCAUCGCAGAGGAGCAACGAAAACAGCCACCAGUUGAGCCCCCCACAGCACCGUCCUCGAUUUGCCAGUAUGCCGUCGAACGUGAGGAAGGACGAGCCGCCACAAGAGACCAUCAUCCAGGUAGCCAGCUCCAAACGCUUUACAGUCACGCCGGCUCGAGAGGAGCACUGAGAAUCCAUAUUAUUUGUUAAAUGUCUACGUGUAAUGAAUCUUUGUGCAACAAUUUUCAAUAACAACUAAAAGUCCA